UAUAUUAAAAUUAUUUAUUUGGUAUCAGAGAUAGCAUGCAUAAGGGGGAGAGAGUGGUACUUCUUCAGUUUGAGAGACAAGAAGUAUGCCACAGGGCAACGAACGAAUCGAGCAACACGUUUAGGCUACUGGAAGGCGACGGGCAAAGAUCGACACGUGUUCCGCAAGGGAGCUCUUGUCGGCAUGAGAAAGACUCUGGUCUUCUAUCAAGGAAGAGCCCCAAAGGGGAAAAAGACCCCGUGGGUGAUGCAUGAGUUUAGGAUGGAAUGCUCUAGUUGUUCUCCCAACUUCUCCUCCUUCAAGGAGGAUUGGGUUCUAUGUAGAGCCUUCUGCAAGUGCAGAUCACUCUCUACAAAAGUAAGGAUGGAGGCUUGCGAUGAAGAUGCCGGUUCUUCCUCGCUGCCGCCAUUAAUGGACUCUCAGAUUACAAGUCAUGAUCAGGCUUCUCUCAGCCAUGAGGAGCUUGAGCAGGUGCCCUGCUUCUCCAGCUUUUCUGCAAGCCAAUCAGCUGCAAUUGUUUCUUCUUCUUCUUCAUCUUUAAAAGUAGUGCUCAGUAAGCUUGAGGAGAACCAG